GAAAACUAAGAAUCCGAGAGGGGCUUCGGGGAAAAAAAGGGUUUAAGGCCUAAGUUUAAGAGCGCUCUCUCUCUUCUCUCGAACUUUCUUUGGGGCUGUUCCGAUUGGAGAAGAUUUCUCCAUACUGAGAACGAUUUUAACGGCUGCGUCGACUGGGAGCAAAACCUAGAAAAGCAAAAGCUAUGGCGAUUAUCUCUGAGUUACCCGAGGAAAGCACCAGCAGCAGACCCUCCACGGUUUCGUUCAGUGCGAGCUUCGAUCCAUCGAACCCUCUUGGGUUUGUGGAGAAAGUUCUCGACUUUCUCGGGAAAGAGAGCGAUUUUCUCAGGAAAGAGACAGCGGAGAAGGAGGUCGUGGCCGCCGUGAGGGCGGCGAAGGAGAGGCUGAGGGAGGCGGAGAAGAAGCCGGAGAAGGCUGAGGAGAAGUCGGCGAUACCGGAGGAGAAGCAGGCGAGUGCUUCGAACGCGGAGCCCAUGGAGGUGGAGAAGCCGAAGGAGGAGCAGAAGGAUGAAUCUGGUCCUAGAGUUCCAAACAAAGGCAACGGCCUUGAUUUUGAUAACUACUCGUGGAUCCAGACCCUCCAGGAGGUCACGGUUAACAUUCCUGUCCCUAGCGGCACUAAAGCGAGGUUCAUCGUCUGUGAGAUCAAGAAGAACCACCUGAAAGUUGGUCUGAAAGGACAGCCUCCAAUUAUAGAUGGGGAACUUUACCGUCCCGUGAAGCCUGAUGACUGCUACUGGAACAUUGAGGAUCAAAAGGUUAUUUCAGUUUUCUUGACAAAACAUGAUCAGAUGGAAUGGUGGAAAUGUCUUGUGAAAGGGGAGCCUGAGGUUGACACUCAGAAAGUUGAACCAGAGAGCAGCAAGUUAUCUGACCUUGACCCCGAAACUAGGCAGACCGUCGAGAAAAUGAUGUUUGAUCAAAGGCAGAAACAGAUGGGACUCCCGACGAGCGAUGAGUUGCAGAAGCAAGAGAUCCUCAAGAAAUUCAUGGCCGAGCACCCGGAAAUGGACUUCUCGAAUGCAAAAAUCGCUUGAUCCUCGGAUUAUGACGACUGACUCUCCUCCCCCUAGGCCAUGGCAUGGAGGUCGUCUUUCUUUUUGUCAUGCAUUUGAUAGUUAAAAGACAGAUUUCGUUCUAUAUAUUAUGCAAUCUCAAGAUGUUCAUGUCGAAUUUUGGGCACAUCCUGUGUGUUGUUUAUUGGUCGGUUUAGAUUUUUGGUUUGGUUCGGUUUGGCAAUCGCACUUCUUGGUUUGAUAACCGUGAAGGCUUAAAACAUAUUACAUAUGUACA